AUGUUCAAAAAGCGGGAGAGGCCGAAGGCCACCCGGACGAAGGAAGCGGAGGAGCCAGUGGAGGAGAGCUCUGCGGUGCCUCUGGCCAGCAAGAGGCAGAAGCGGAGUGGUGCCAUCAGCUCGACGACUGGCGAAGGCGGCAGCAUUGCUGCCUCCACACGCAAAGAGCCGAUGUCAGAAGCGGCGCGAAUAGCAGACCGGCAGCAAGAUGCAGUGUUCUCCGGCUUCAAGGCGAGUGGGUCCACGGAGAACACGCCCUCCUCCGAUGCAGUCCGACGACUGGAGGUGGACACGGACGUCAGCCAGGACAACAGGGCUAUCCUGGAGCGGAACGAGAAGAUUAACGCGGGCCUCAAAGACGGCUCCCUAGAGAAGGGCGUCUACAGAGGCUUGAAGGGCUACAAGCAGUAUGCCAACAGAAGCGAGCACGCCAUCGCCAACUCCAAGUACACCGGUCUUCUAGGACCUCUUCGCAGCAGCCUGAGCAACGUGCGCAGCACCUUGCGGAUCGAGUACAUCGGCACCAGCGGUGAAGGUGGUAUCUGCAAAGACUACAAGGAGACUGGCUACUGUGGCUUCGGCGACUCCUGCAAGUUUGCGCACGAUCGGUCUGAUUACAAGCCGAGCUACAUCCUGGAGCAGGAGUGGGAGGCCAAGCAGAAGGCAAUCGAAGAGAAGAGGCGGAAGAGGUGGGAAAAGAAGAUGGCGAGGCGGAAGCAGGCGGAGGAAGAGGGCCGAGAGGUGGAGUCGGAUGACGACUCCUCGAUGACGAGCGAUGCGACGGACGAUGAGGAGGAGCUACCCACAGAGUGUUUUGAGUGUGGCGAAUCCUGGCAGCGGUGCAAAAGCAUUCCCGUCCAAACUGUCUGUGGCCACUACUUCUGUGAGGAUUGCGCGAUGGCGGCAUUCGCGAAGUCCGACAAAUGCAUCAGGUGUGGGGCGAAGACCAACGGCAUCUUCAACUCCGCGGACUCGCUCCAAGAGAAGCUGAAGGCGAAGAAGGAACGCCGAGCGGAGCGGAAGCGAAUGAAAGCCACGAAGAGGAGGGAGGCUCAGAACACCUUCGGGGUGAAUGUGGAAGGUUUUCAUGUCGCCCCUGUUGUGGGAGCUGGCGGAGUCGCUUCCCAGGUCGAGGUAGCCGGGGGCUACGCUCGAAUCUGCCACCUGAAGUUGCGCGCGACCCUUUAUGGCACGAGGCCGGCAUCAGAAGAACGGGCUGAAGCAGACGUGGAAUCCGCUACCCUGAGAUGCCCGUUGUGUAUUCUCGUCUGCAUGGCUGGUGCUCUGAUGUUCGAGGGGCGCACCGAAGGUCGCUUGACGCAAGUCGCAGCCGAUAACGUGCACUACGUCAAUGACGCUGAUCGCGGGGUGGUGUGGGAAGAGGUGAUCAUCCUACUGCCACCGGAGGUGUCUAUUGUGAUGCUCUCAGCCACGGUUCCGAACUACCGGGACUUUGCCGGCUGGGUCGGCAGGACGAAGAAGAGUCCUGUGUACACUGUACAUACAACUUAUCGGCCAACCACACUGCGACACUUUCUCAGCUUCCGCGGUCAUGUCCUUCCCUUGAUGAAUGAUGAGGGGUUUCAUGCCGAAGCGUUCCAGCGCACGCGAGAUCUGCAGAACGAGAAGGCAAAAGCAGCGCCUCGACCCAACCGCCGGGUCUCGGUAACUUUCGAGACGAGGCCGUUUGGGAUGACGCCCUUCAAAGAAGAAGGGGGGCGAACUGCUGGCUAUGUUGUGGAGAAGGUGAACCACAAUGAUCCUUCAAAGCCCGCAGCCCGACUCGGGGUGAAAUCUGGCUGGAUCGUGGCUGCCGUUGCCGGGGAGGACGUCGCAGAUCGGAGCCUCGACGAAGUGCAGCAGCUGACCAAGCAAGUCCCUCUCCCGGUGACCAUUGACUUCGAGGUGCCAGUGAUGAAGGAGAAAGAGCAGAAGGAGAGCAGCUCCGCGGCUUCGAGCACGCAUGGUGAAAAACACCGUGGCGGCCAAGCGCAGAAGCACCAGGCGGCCCAGGCGCGCGCUGCGCCGGCGCCCAGCCGGGA